CCGCCACCACCACCGCCACCGACGAUGAUGCUGCCUCAGAUUACAAUCAAUGGUUGCACGCCAUGAAAUUGGUAGCCCGUUUGCCGGGAGGCACACCCCCAGAGUUUCGACGCAAGCUGUGGCUAUCGUUGGCAGACAAGUACCUGAAGUCAAAGAACGUGGACUGGACGCAGGAGCGUGAAAAGUGUUUUUGCGAGGAGUGGCGCGAGGACGACGAAGAGCUUGGCAUACAAAUUGUCAAGGACUUACACCGCACCGGCUCGAAUUUGUGUACCGGACCGGCGGGUUCCAUCAACCAGGCCAAGCUGAAGCGCAUUCUGCUUGGCUAUGCGCGUUACAAUCCCGAGGUUGGCUAUUGCCAGGGCUUCAACAUGCUGGGCGCUCUCAUACUGCAGGUCAUGGACAAGGAAGAGGAGGAGUCUAUUAAGGUCAUGAUCUAUUUGGUGGAGGGCGUGCUGCCUACUGGUUACUUUUGCGGCUCGAUGGGUGGCCUGCAAGCAGACAUGGGCGUCUUCCGCGAACUCAUGCAAACGAAAUUGCCCCGGCUGGCCAAGCAUUUGCAAAAGCUGCAGGGCCCCAUUGAAAAUGCCUACGAGCCGCCGCUGACUAAUGUCUUCACCAUGCAAUGGUUCCUCACCAUCUUCUGCAGCACUCUGCCCAUGUCCUGUGUACUACGAGUUUGGGAUCUGGUGCUCAUUGAGGGCAGUGAUGUCUUGCUGCGAACAGCAUUGGUGCUUUGGAGUUUGCUCGAAGAACGCGUUCUGAAUGCGCGCACUGCAGAUGAUUUUUAUGGGAAGAUGGGCUCAUUCUCAAGCGAACUGCUCAAUGGACAUCUCAUUGAUUCUAACGGCCUCAUCGAAAAGGUAGUGCAGCUAGGACCAAUAGAGGACUUACGCCAGCUCAGGGACAAACAUCUGUAUAACAUAGCGCCUCUGCGUCACAAGCAAGGAUUGCAGCUCUACUACGACGAUGAGGAUACGCACUCGGAUGAGGAAUCGCGUCUGGCUGUGGCCACUGUGUGGGGAUUGAACUGGGGUCGUCGUGGCUCCAUGGGACCCAGCGUUACGACGGGCAAGCAGCAAACAGAGCAGAAGGAUCGACUAGCUUUAGAUAUAUCCUUGCUUAAGAAGCAGUACGAUCGUCUACGUGAGCGUCAGAAGCAAGCACAUGUCAUAUUGACGACAGCUUGCUCCACGGCAGCGAGGCAAACACCACCCAGCAAUGCCCAGGCAGCCGUGCCUGUCAGUCAGUUGCUGCAGGGUCGGCCGGCCAUUAUUACGAACAGAGGAAAGCGCGUUGGCGCGCCACCUGGAGCGAUUCCACCAGCACGAAAACCCUCCCUACCUGCUGUGCUGCAUGUCAAACCGGCGGAGAAGCAGCUACGCCGAGGCGAGACCUUGCUCUGGCGAGACGCUGAUCCUAGCAAGCGGCGACGUGAUAGCCUCACCUGGAAGGAAAUCAAGGCGGAUCGGGCGGCCAUGCUACGAGAAGGAGUUGACUCAACUGUUCUUAAAUCUCAGAAGAUUCGCUCGCGAUUCGGCAAAAGCGACAGCUCUUCGUAUAGCGAGGAAAGUGACGGCGAGAAACAAGAUGACGAUGGCGGCUCUAGUACCGAUACCAGCCUGUGUGAUGAUGAUGAUCCUGCUUCUGCUAAAUCUCUGGAGCAAAGUCCUAAGCGAAAAGCUAAGCUAGCGCGAAAGCUAAAAGAUGCCCCUCAAAAGAAGCUGCAGAUUAUGGAAUCAAGUGAUUCGGGUGUGGAACGCAGGCGUCCCAAAUCCUGGGCACCAACAACCCACGAGAUACCAUUUAUGCUGAUGGGGUCCGACAGUGGCGAUGAGAAGGAGCAAUAUGCACCAGCUACGACUAAGACGGAGGAGGAAGACAGUGCUACAGAAAGCGAUCGCUUUAACUAUAAGCACCGCUUAGGUUGGUCGGAGCUAAAGUACUCAAAUGCUGCUGGAGACUUGGCGAGCAGCACACUGGAACCGUUGCACGUAGAGACAGAUAUAUUGGAACUGCCACUGGGAAUAACAAGCACUAGUCAACUUUCACCGCUACCAGACAUCGCAGGCUACUUAGGGGCGACCACGAUAAGUCCAUUGGCUACGCCUAAGCCGUUGUAUGUGGAUUCAGUGAACUUGCUAGGUAGUGGUGAUGUAGCAGCUACAGCGAGUGAUGGACAGGAAGUUGAUGGCCUGAUUCGCAAGCGGUUCGAUGUUAGUGAUGAUGGUGUGACGAACGAAUAUUUCGAGCGGGUAAAUAGUGUAGAGCGACCUACCAAGUUGGCUCUGUCAUACUCGUUAAACGAAGAAGACAGAGAAAGUGCCGAAUGUGUCGAAACAAAAACUAAAUUGGAUAGCGAAAGAAUGGAUGAAGUAAACAUUUCUUCAAAAUCAAGCAGCCUCCUAGACCAAAAACCACAGGAAUUAGAACCCAAUAUUAUCGCCAAAGUGCCGCAAAUACGCGAUAAUAAUAUUCCCGGAGAAAACAAGGAUGACUACAAGGAGCUGUUAAGCAUGACGAUAGAGCCACGGAAGCCUCCACUUCCACUAAGCAAUGCCAGCCGUAAACGUCGCGAUCCUCGGCGAAAAACCCUCACGCGAUCUUCAACCAUAGAGCUCGAAGAACGUUUUCAGGCCUUGGAGCGCAGGCUCAGUCAAGACGUACUGCCCAGUAAGGAGCAGCAGCAACAGAAACAGUGUGAUAAAAUGGAGCCAGUCAAGCAUAUACCCAGCACGGCAGCGCUGGAGGAACGCUAUAAUACGUUAGAAAAGCAGCUCAGUGCAGAAAAACAAAGCCGUGAAGCCAAACUAUGCGCGGAAUCAAAUGCGGAGUGCCUUGAAAAUAUCGACCGAAUACCUUGCACCGCUGAUUUGGAAACACGUUAUAAUGCCUUAGCCAAGCAAAUGAGUUCCAAUGGAUCAGAUGCGAAAACACCCAUAGAACUAAAGGACCAGAGAGAGCAGCCGGAUAGUGGAAGCAGUGCAAAGAAACAGAAUGACAGCGAAAAGACUAGCAAGCUAGAUAAGACGCAGGAGGAGAGCUCAGACAUAAAACAAACAACUGUGCAAAGCGAGUCAAGUGAUAGCAAUGAAGCUGAAAGCAAAAAGACAAAGGAGCAACCACGCCUUAAGAAAUUGCCUUCCACAGCCGAAUUAGAGGACCGAUUUAAUGCUCUCGAACGUAAAAUGAGUCUGCAGAAAAGUAGUCCCGCAAAGGCAAAAAAGGAGCCACCUGAUGAGGAGGAGGUCAGAAAGGAGGAUUCAAAGAAGGAUGAUGAAGAAUCCAAAACGGAAGUUAACGCAUAUCCUAAAACAAGUGACAAAACCACAUUGAGAGCAACGGAGUCUGUUGAAGUCAUGUCAAAGCAACAGGAAACACAUAAGAGCAAUGGAGUAGAAGAUAAGAUCACAGAAGAUAAUCGAAAACAGCACACAACAACGCAGAAAAGUAAUGAAGAAGAAAAGUCAGCAGAAAAACUUGAAGAAAAGUCAGAUAAGUCUCAAGUUCAACUAGCUGAAGAUCUCGUAGAAUCUAAAGGUGAGUCAGUUAAGGAUACAGGAAAACGUAAAGCACCUCCAUCGACCGAAGAGCUGGAAAAACGUUUUCAGGCGUUGGAGAAACAGCUCAGCACAACCAACCUUGACAGCAAUACUGAAACAAAGACUUCGAAAGAUCUACAGCCAAAGGCACCAGAAAAAAGUGUAGAAAAACAAACAAAAAAUGAGUCGCAACCUCAAAUAGAAAAGCAAUCGAAAGAAGCUAAAGCCCUAAAAUCAUUUGAAGAUAAAUGCAAGUCAAUAAAUACUGCAAUAGCUGAAGAUACUAUGAAGCGAAGCGAGUCUAAGAAAGAAGAUGAUGCACAAGAGGAAAAAGCAGCUGACAAGCGUCAAAGUUUUGAAGAGAAGUGUAGAACUGCAAACAAAAAGAUAGAAUGCGAAAAUGAGCAAGCACCUAAGUCCGACCACAUAGUGCAGAAAGCUGAGACAAAGGACGAAAACUUCACUGAGGAAACACAAAUAAAAAGUCUUCCUAAACGGCGCGCUUCAGAGCCUCCAUCAACAGAAGAUCUGGAGAAGCGUUAUGAGACGUUCAAGCGUCGUAUGAGCAGCAGAAAUCAGUUUGCCAGUAACUCACUCAGUCAAAGUGAAACUGUAAACGAAGCGCUAGAAAGAAUUGAACAGGAAGUAAUAGCGGAAAUAGAUGAGACUAACCCAGACACAGAGGAUAAGCCCCAUGUGAAGAAGGAGCCUCCGACCACCGAAGACCUAGAGAAUCGAUUCGAGGCGCUGCACAGCAAAGAAACUGCCAAUAGCACAAAACAACUAAUUCGCGAGCGAAGCCCGCCCCAACAUGUAGAUGUAGCCAUUGAGGCGCACAUACCCGAGCCCCCACCACCACCACCGCCAAUUCAGCUUGUCCACCCGGCGAGCUCUCAACAGCGUGCACUUAUUGAGGAGUUACAGAGCAAGAUGCAAGGACAAUCCCCGGGCGAGGAGAAUCUCAGGCCAAGCGACAUCAAUCCACAGCGAAAAAGGCAGCUUCAGCAAAAACAACUGCAGCACCGACCCACACCAAUGGGCGAUGAGACCUCGGAAGCACCUGCAAACACCGCUUACUACAGAUCGGGAAAUUACGAACCCUGGCAAGCGCAGCGAAUGGUUCGUCGUUUCUCCGAUUUGCCUUCAAGAGCUGAUCUGGAAAAUCGCUUACAAUUCUUGGAGAAGCAAUUAUACAAGAAAUUCUACAAGCAGCGCAGUGCAAGUGAUUCCGAAGUAGCAUCGAGGACAAGUCAAAACGAGAGGCCAAGCACAUCCCGCCAAGCAGAGGUGCAGCUGGAGCAGCGCGUUCUUGCUCUGGAGAAACAGUUGAGUGAGAAUAGCUUGAAGCUGCUAGAGGCCAUGCGAGAGAAAGCGACAGCCGUAGCGGUGGCGGCACCACGAAACGAUCUCAACGGUUCAUCUCGCCACCUUAGCACGGAAACCAUAGAUGCCACGGGAAAAGAACUCGUACGCUAUACACAUUUCGGUGAGGUGAUGGAAUCAGAUGCCCAUAAACCUAUUAACAUAAGCAUUAACAUUAAAAUGCACCUCAAUAAAGAGGGUGAAGCGAAAAAGCGCACAGCAUCGGAAGAGCACAGGCCGACCACGGAGGAGCUUACUCGGCGACUUGAACAGUUGGAACAGCAAUUGGUAGAGGAGCGCGCGAAAAAUGGCAACGCGGGAACUGAGUGUCAGCCAGUAGUGGAGGAAACCAUUUACCCAGAGGAGAUAGAGUCAAGGCAUAAAAAUGAAAAGGACAGCCACAAUGAGAGUGUGAAAAGCGACAUUCCAGAAAAACUAGAAAAAGUACCAUUACAACAUUCCUUAGGGUCUGAUGAGCCGGAAACAGUAAAAGAAACCAAAACCCUGGAAAAUGAAGAGAAAGCUCAGGCUCGCUCAAAAGUGGACGAAAUAGUUAGCGUUGGUACAGAGAAAUCAAUCACAAGUGAUGAGAAAACUGAAGAGAAAAUUGAUGACGAAGUGGAAAUUAAGGAAGCUGUCAAAGAAACUUCCAAACCUGUCGAUGAGAAACCACUUCAAGAUGCUGUCCAAGUUGAAACAAAUGUGUCAGAAGUAGAAAACGCAAGCGUUCCCAAAGAAAAUCAAUUAGAUGAAAAGGAAUCUCAAAAGGUAGAACUGGAUAAUAUGAUCAUUAAUGCGAAUGACAUUGGAAAUGCCGAUGCCAACAAUAAGACAGUUGUGCUACUCAUGGAUAACGAACCCAAGGCAAUGAAAGUGCGCCGCUUGACACGUGCCAAUACUGAAGAACUAGAGGAUCUCUUCCAGGCGCUUGAGAAGCAGCUCAGCGAUCGCAAUCUUAUCAAAUCUGAUAAUGGAAAGCUGGUGAGAGCCAAUAGCAAACAAACUACUGAGAAUGCAGAACAGGCUCAAGCCAUAAGCGACUUAACCAGAGAAAUCGAGAGCUUUACAAGCGGUGAAGCGCAAGAAAAUCCAGUGGAGAAAAAAGAGACCACCAAAGAGCCACAAGCGAAAAAGGUUGACGGGAUUGAGGGUGUUGAGGGGGUGGAGGCAGACUACGACUGGGGACCCAAUCCAGUAAAGCAUCACCUGAAACGUAAAACCGUCUAUUUGCCCUCUACCAAGGAGCUUGAAGCACGCUUCCGUUCACUGGAACGCCAAAUCAAGUUGUUGGAGGAUGUCGAAAAAAUCGAUGUAGAACAGCGUCUCAACGAAAUCGAACGCAAAAUCAAGCUACAGUAUUCGCUCUCCCAUGAGAAGGAUUUAAAUAAAUACCUAGAGCUAUGCGAAGGGAAAGGAUUGGACGAUGAUGAGCCGCCUGCAGAAGAAGCGCCGCCACAACGCUCACGUAGUCCAGCGCGCAAAGCAACAGUCAAGUCACCUUAUACAUCGCCCUCGCGCAAAUCAAGUACCAAGUCUCCUGCCAGGACGCCUACCAAAUCGCCCUACACUUCACCAUCGCGCCAACAACAGAAAACGCCACACACAUCACCGGCACGUACCGCUGCAGAUAUAAACAGGAGUCCCUACACCUCACCGUCCCGUCGUCAGCAACAUUCCGAUGAUCUGCCCAUAUCAGAUGAUUUAGAAUACAAAUAUCGUGUGCUCGACCUGGUGCGUUCUAAGUCUAGGGAGAAUCUUUCCAAGCGAAAGCUGGAUCCAAACAAGAAACCGCCCAUACAUCCACUUGAAAUGUUGCUUGAUCCAAGUCCGGACGAUAGUGAAAUUCCCACAACCGGUGAAUUAGAGCAUCGCAUACGCGUACUCGAUGAGAAACUUAAGUCACCGAAUUCAGCAGCAGUGCGCCACAAAUCGCGCUCACGCUCUCCCACCAUUGAUGACAUCAAACGCAAAAAGAAAUUGGAGGACAGGCGACCUAAGACCCCGGUUCAUAAUCUGGAGCGGUUGGUAAGCUCGCCCACUAGACCAGAGCCACCAACUGCCGCAGAGCUGGAGGAACGCAUGCGCGUCUUAGAGGAGGAGCAUAGCUUUGACUUCAAGACCCAAAAAGACUACAGAGAGUUCAACCAGAAGCUUAAGGAUGUAGUAUCACCUUCGUUGUCCUUUGAGGAGUUUAAGGUAGCCAAAUCGCGCGAGCAAAGCCCACGACGUGGUGCCACAACGCCGAAGUCUGCAAUGCGACGAGACGACGACGAUUAUGACUCCCGGCCCUACUAUCGAUCCACCAGUCCCAAGGUCAUACGUUUUUGCGAUGAAGACGAGGAGUACUAUGAGGACAACAUUAGACGGUCUACAUCAAGGCAGGCCAGCGAACGAAUGGUGGGCACCACAAAUACCGUUUUGGAUGUCAUAGUGGAGAAUACUAAAAUUCUUCAACGUAUUCUUAAGAAGACUCUUACAGAUCAAACCACCAAUCGCAGCUACAGCAGCAGCGGUGCGGCUGCAGCUUCGAGCUCUGAAGGCCUCGAUCAAUUUGGAAGUCGCCUAAUGCGGGAGACUUCCCCUAUAACACGAACCGGAACUCAUACAGGGGUCCCUCUACGCACUGGUGACAACAUCAAUGAGCGCCUCAGCAGCAUCAAGAAUUCCAUUAAAUCUAUUGAUAGCCUGUGUGAAGAGAAGCCCUAUCAGAAGGAAAAGUGCCAGCGUUACAUCGACUCCCUCUUCACGGACUCGCUGCAUUUUGCCAGCAAGAAGAACUCUUUGGAGGACUUGACGCAUAGUCGCAGUGAGAGCCGAGGUCGAUCAACGCAACGCACCGCUGGUGGGGACUAUGCACCUUCCAUACGCAUUACCUCCGCACAGGGCCAACGAGCUGCAGAGCAUCGAUCGCUGGGUUCAGCCGAAUCUAUACGUACCACAAGUCCUUUGCGUGCCGCCAGUCCGCCGCAUUAUCGUUCACACAGGGAUAUAAGCAGGGAGAUUUCGCCACGCCGUCGUCGCGACGAUGAGGAACGUGAGGAACGCGAGAGUAGUAGGGUAAGACGUGAUAAUAUGUUGCCAAAUUAUUUUCUCGAUCAAUCUAGCGAUUUAAGUAGUGGCCAUAGUUUAACUAAGUUUCAUAAAGUAGAUAGACAACUAGAAGAAACAUACAACAAGUAUGCGGAUGAUCGACGUUCAGCUGCCAGAACACCGCUGAGUUCUCCAUACGAGUCGACAAGAUCAACAACACGCUACACAAGCAACAACAUCUACACGACUACAACAACAGCAACAACAACAAAUGCCACAACAUCGAGUGACGUCACUUGCCCAAGGCCCCGUUUAGACAUCGAUAGACCAGUCUCGCCCUACCGCCCGCCCUAUGACCCGUACCAGCCUGCACGCUCCAAUGUGCCCGUAUAUCAGCCAGCAAAGCUGGAGAUCCGACACACAACCGUCACCUCAACCUUCUACGAUCGCUUUCUCACCGAGAAGCAAAUAGAGAAACAAACGCUUUCGCGUCCACCAAGUCGCUCGCCUGUGGCGUCACCUUCGGCCACCUCCAAGAGUUACAGCGACUUGCCGCAGGCAGCCGCCGGUCUUGGUGCCUAUAAAUACACGACAGCACCACCGACGACUACCACCAGCAGCUACUCGAGCACUAUGUCGAGCAGCUACACUGGCACUUCGUUGUUGCCCAGCGGCAGCAGCAACUACUCCCACACCUCAUACCUCACUGCGCCCACAGUCAGCGUUGUGCCGGGCUCCAGCUCUGCUACACCUUCGGGCAGUUCCACGGACCUGCGCAUACGCAGCUGUGAUAACAUUCUUAUGCAAUUGGGCACCACUAGUCAUGCCACCACCUCCACAUUGUCCACUACUACAGCUCUGGACUACUCCAGCAGUGGUCUGGUCCAAGCCAGCACCGCCUCCACAACAUCCGCUUAUGUGCCGUACACCUUCACAAGCUCAUUAACAAACCGAUUGAGCAGCACUUCCGGCACUACUGCCACAACCACAUCAAGCCCUAGCACCAGCACUAGUGCUCUCUCAUAUUCCACAGGCGUUUAUAAUCCCAUGAUGUCAUUCACAUUGAGACAACCUUUGACCUCGAGCGUUCUAGACAGCAGUACCUCAACCUUGGGCCAGUAUUCAAGUGGCAUAGGUACAACAGCAUCUCCUAGAACUUUUGGUGACCCAGAGAAACCGUAAAUACUGAAUUAUCUUUACCAUUUUCAAGCAUGUUACAAUUGUUCCAUGGCUUCUAGUGCGCUUUCGAAACCAAAGCUGUCUCAUACACCCACAACUACCCAUGAAACACCCAUUUACACAUAAAGUUCGGCAACAGUUACAUAUUACUUGUUACCAGAGAAUACUAUGAGAAGCAAUAUCGGCAUUAUUAACCAACGGUUUUUAACAAUAAAAAACAACAAAAGCUACGCUAUACUUACGGUAUAUACGGUAUACUACAAUCUAAUCAAAUCUGAUAUUUACUCGUUUACUCGUCGAAAUUUUAUGCAAAACUGUGCACUCAACAUUUUGGCUUAUAAAAAUUACCUCAUCUACAUGCAAAGCACAUA